AUGCCAAAGUCCUUAAGAAAGGAAACAGGCAGAGAGUCCCAUUCCUCAUCGGAGUUCUCCAACUAUGGGGCCGAGUCCAUUCAUCACACAGACAAGGAGAUUCAAGCGGACUUGGAUCGCACCAGCAAUAUGGGAAGCUCUUAUCAAGAAGGCAGUGCGGACCUUAAGGAAAUGCAGGCAGGAAUUGAGUUUGCUGUGCAGAUAACACCAAUUAAAGAAUCCAAAAAGCACCAGGAAAAGACUGAUGCAGUGAUAGAGACCCCAGGCUCUUCGUUCAACCACGAUGAUAUAAUGGAGACCUUAGACAAUAAGAACCAAGCUGUGCGGCUGGCAGUCAGUGCUGCAAGAGGGACCAGUACUUUGCAGCCAGAAGCCUUCUCCAGGAUUGCUGAGGGCAGCAGUUUAGAGGGAAUGGGUCAACUGGGCAUCAGGCAUAUCACAGCAACCGACCUUGACUUGGAGAAGAUGAGACUGGAAGGGGCCAUGACCCGGCUGAAGUACAGACAAGAGGACAACGAAAAGCAGAGGCAGCAUGAGGAAAAAAUGGCACAGAUGCGUCUCCAGGCCAGAUCUCGAUCAAUUGGAGAAGAGCUUCGUGAAUUACUCCAGCCUCAGAACCAGUAUGCCCUAUUUUUUUUCUGCUUCAUAUUUAUCCAUGUUAUUUACACUGCCAAGGAGCUGGCUUUCUAUUUUGUUACCAAACACCACCUAUUCUGCUUUGUUGUGUUGCUGUAUUUCCUUUGCAAGAAGAUCCUCUUGGAUUGCAAAGGCCAGAAAAACUAA